CAUUAUUGUUUCGGCUGUCCCAUUAUCCAGACUUUGCUUCCGAUCGUCUUCGUCUCCUCUUGUAAAACGUAAUUAGUGCUAGUCCCAGAUUCACGCCGAGACGUUCGAAUGUUCCGAUAGACCGAGGUACCCCGAAAAAAAAUAAUGCAGCCACCUCGUCUGGUGCCGUGGUUCGCGGUCCUGGUCGCGCUUUUCGCGGACAGAUACGUUACAGUGCGAAGUGAGAUAUUAACGCCGCCCUAUUUUAAUUUGGCGGAAGGUAGGAAGAUAACCGCCACCGCUACCUGCGGGGAGGACACGGAGGGGCCGGAGCUUUACUGCAAGCUUGUGGGCACCAAGUCGGACAGCGACAUCGAUGUGAACGUUAUUCAAGGACAGUUUUGUGAUGUUUGUGAUCCCACUAAACCAGACAAGAGACACCCAGCCGAGUAUGCCGUCGAUGGUAUGGAAACUUGGUGGCAGAGUCCACCCUUGUCGAGAGGGAUGAAGUACAAUAGGGUUAACUUGACCAUAGAUUUAGGACAGGAGUUCCAUGUAGCUUACGUCUACAUCCGUAUGGGAAAUUCACCAAGACCUGGUUUGUGGGUUCUCGAGAAAUCAGCGGAUUAUGGAAAAACAUACACACCAUGGCAGUAUUUCUCCGACUCACUGGCAGAUUGUGAGACCCAUUUUGGGGCUCAAAGCUUGGAUCCAAUUACUCGGGACGAUUCUGUCGUUUGUACCACUGAAUACUCUAACAUCCUCCCGCUAGAGGGCGGGGAAAUUCCCAUAUCGUUGCUCAUCAACAGACCUUCUUCAAAAAAUUACUUCAACUCCAGCGUUUUGCAAGAAUGGACCAGAGCUACUAACGUACGCCUUCGUCUGUUGAGAACUAAAAAUUUCCUCGGACAUUUGAUGUCUGUUGCUAGACAAGAUCCCACAGUCACAAGAAGGUAUUUCUAUUCUAUAAAAGAUAUUAGUAUUGGAGGAAGAUGCAUGUGUAAUGGACAUGCAGACACUUGUGACAUACAAGAUCCCGAAAAUCCUUCCAUCCUGCUAUGUAGAUGCCAACACAACACGUGUGGUGCAAAAUGUAACACUUGCUGUCCAGGUUUUGUCCAGAAAGCAUGGCGGCAGUCUAAAGUUAAUGAACCAUUCAUUUGUGAACCCUGCAAUUGCUUCCAACACUCAAACCAAUGCGUCUACGACCCAGAAGUGGACGCAAAACACUUAUCGCUUGACAUACACGGCAACUACGAGGGUGGAGGUGUCUGUCAGAAUUGCCAGCACAACACCAUGGGCAUCAACUGUAACAAAUGUUUGCCGAAAUAUUACAGGCCCUUCAACAAACACUGGAACGAAACUGACGUUUGUCAUAGAUGCGACUGCGACACCCAAUUCUCCACCGGUAACUGUUCAGAAGGCACCGGAAAGUGCGAAUGUAGAAAAGAAUUCACCCCACCGGACUGCGAUUCAUGCAGUUUCGGUUAUUUCGGCUAUCCGAACUGCAGGCCGUGCGAGUGCUUCUUGAACGGCACCGUCGAUCUGCAGUGCGCCGCGGAAAAUGGAAAAUGCACCUGUCUUUCGAAUUUCGGUGGAGAUUAUUGCAAGGAGUGCGCCCCAGGAUAUCAUAAUUUCCCGGAGUGCAAGCCAUGCGAAUGCAAUGUCGAUGGAUCGGUCUCGUCUUUAUGUGACAUGGGCUCUGGAAAUUGCACGUGUAAAAAUAAUUAUGCUGGCGAGAACUGUGACAAGUGUCAAGAUGGCUACUACAAUUUCCCCACCUGUACCUACUGUAAUUGCGAUUUGAAAGGAACAGAGGAAGGAAUUUGCGACAAAACAACUGGUCAAUGUAUGUGCAGAGACGAAUUUACAGGAGAACGAUGCGAUAAAUGUAAAUCUGGGUAUUAUGGUUAUCCGAACUGUGAACCUUGCAAUUGUGGCAAGAAAGGAUCUCUUGGAAAAACUUGUAGUGAGGCAGGAAAAUGUUCAUGUUUAUCGAAUUACGCUGGUAAAACAUGCGAGCAGUGUAGUCCUGGUUACUACAAUUACUCCCAAUGUAGCUCAUGUGAAUGUGAUUCUAGAGGCUCAAAUGGAAUCUCUUGUGAUAAUGAAGGAAAGUGUGAAUGUCAUUAUAAUUUCGAUGGGAAACGAUGUGACAAGUGCAAGGAAGGAUUCUACAAUUUCCCUGAUUGUGAAGAUUGUAACUGCCAUCCUGCGGGCGUCGUGGAAGGUUUUGCAGGCUGUGGAUCUGUACCAGCAGGAGAGCUCUGCCAAUGCAAGGAUCGAGUAGAAGGACGCAUUUGUAACAAAUGUAAACCGUUAUAUUGGAAUCUCAAUCCAAACAAUCCAGCCGGCUGUGAAGAGUGUAACUGCAAUCCUUCCGGCGUACUUGGCGGAAUACAGGUCUGCGAUAGCGAUGAUGGACAAUGCGUCUGCAAGCCUUCUGUUAUUUCGAGAAAUUGCGAUGAAUGUGCUGAUGGAAGCUAUCGAUUGAGAGAAGAUAACCUGUUCGGAUGUGAAGAUUGUGGCUGCGAUGUUGGAGGUUCUAUAAAUAACAUUUGCGAUAAAUUAAGUGGACAGUGUGUCUGUCAAUCUAGAGUCACUGGAAGAACCUGCGAAGAACCUCUAUCCAAUCAUUACUUCCCAACACUUUAUCAAUAUCAGUAUGAAGUGGAAGAUGGACAAACACCAACGAAUACCUCUGCUAGAUAUUCUUACGAUGAGGAUGUUUUCCCUGGUUAUUCAUGGAAAGGUUAUGGAAUCUUCUCUCCGUUACAGAAUGAGAUACUUCAAGAUAUAUACAUAUCGAAAUCAUCACUGUAUCUCAUGAUAUUACGAUAUGUCAACAGAAAUCCGGAAACCGUAAUUGGAACAAUUAGAAUCAUUCCUGAAAGUUACUACGAGAGUGAACAGAAGCAGCAGGUUCAGUUUAAAGCGAGUAACGAACCGACAUUUGUCACAGUUUCUGGCUCCUCCGGUUCAACACCUACACCAUUCGUUAUAAAUCCUGGUAAAUGGACUGUCAGCAUCAAAGUAACCAAAGGAUUGUUCUUGGACUACUUUGUCCUUCUACCUGAGGAUUAUUAUCUUGCUUCAAUUUUGCACCAGAAGGUGGAAAAACCAUGUAGGAUAAACGAUACCAACAGUCUAUGUCGAGAAUACAGUUAUCCCAAUCUCACUAACUUUGAUACCAUCGGUUGUGGUUUUGGUACAGCAGUGUAUGGAAGUACUCAAAGGCCAAUUUCGGAGUUUUAUGAAGAUCAGAAACAUUUGCCAAUGGUCCACGUUAAGAGCAAAAUACCCCUAAUAAACUCUGCACAAAGAGCUAUCACUCUGGAUGUAACUGUGUCGAAGCCUGGUCCUUACAUUCUGAUUGUGAACUAUGUGACACCGCUGAAUGAGGAUAAAACUCACAAAUUGGAUAUAAACGUUACUAACAAUGUGGCAACAGCUGGAGGACAUGUAAUUUUGUAUUCAUGCACAUAUAAUCUCUUAUGCAGACAAGCAUUCAUUAAUGAAGAGGGAGGGAUUGGCAUUUUCUACGCCGAUGAUGACCGUUUGACAGUCGAUAUAGAGGGACACAAUGCCAACGUGGCACUUCAUUCAAUUACUGCAAUUCCAAAAGAGGAAUGGUCACUAGAUUAUAUCACUCCAAAACCCAAGUGCAUCAACAGAGAUGGCGAGUGUGUUCCAUCCACCUUCCGUACUCCCCAGGAAACCAAAAAGAUAACUUUUGAACAUAAUGAGAAUGAGAGUCCUAAAAAUCAAUCUUCUUCCUAUUUCAACCAAAUGUACGUAUUACUGAGUAAAGAAAAUCAGUUCGUCGAUUUGAGAGGAAAGACUCCAGGUCCGGGAUACUAUACAUUUAUUCUUCACUAUUAUCAGCCCUUCUUCCCUGAAUUCAAACUAAAUGUGAUCAUUCAAAACGGUCAGUUCUACGAAGCCGAGGUUCCGCUUAAACACUGUCCCUCUGUGUCUGGAUGUCGUGCGGUAGUCAGCGAAGUAAACGGAAAUAUCAAGUUCAAUUUGAUCGAGAACUUUAUGAUUACUUUCAAGGAUCCAGGUAAUAAGGGAGUGUUCCUCUUCUAUCUACUGGUUGUGCCUUCUGAUUUCCAUACACCGCAGAAUUUGGAGGAGGAAGAUUUCGAUCAGACUGACGAAUUCAUCCGGGAAUGUGCCAAGGAUAAUUUCAACAUCGAAACUACACAACAAGGAUUCUGCAGAGAUUCAGUAUUCUCCAUAACAGCAGCCCACAACGGCGGCGCCAGACCUUGUCAAUGUAACUUCGACGGCUCUACCAGUUUCACCUGCGAUAAAUUUGGAGGACAGUGUCCAUGCAAGGAAAACGUGAUCGGUCGAAAAUGCGAGGCCUGUAAAACUGGAUACUACGGAUUUCCCGAUUGUAAACCAUGUAACUGCCCAUCGACCGCUUACUGCGACCCGAGCGACGGACGGUGUAUAUGCCCUAAGAGAGUUACCGGGGAAAGGUGUGAUCAAUGUUUGCCCCUCACCUAUGGAUACGAUCCCCUAAUUGGUUGUGAAGAAUGCAACUGCAACCCUCUGGGAGUGGAGAGGACUUUACAAUGUGACCUUAUGAAUGGAAGUUGUCCUUGCAAAUCGAACAUUGAUGGACGAAGGUGCGAUAGCUGCGUUCCAGGACACUAUUCGUUCCCCUACUGCCAAUCUUGCGAAUGCGACACCCGAGGAACAACAGAAUCUAUAUGCGAUCAAGAAACAGCAGAGUGUCUUUGCAAAAAGAACGUCAUAGGACCCAACUGCGAACUAUGUCGAGAAGGGACUUUCAAUCUAGAGGCCAGCAACGAAGUAGGUUGUACCGAAUGUUUCUGUUUCGGAAAAACAACAAGAUGUGAAAGUUCCGGUCUGGUGAUGGUGCCGCUGAUGGAAAUGUCCGGUUGGAACUUGUUCGAUCUAGAUCUGACCGAAAAGUUGGAGAAAACCCAGUUCAAUUUCAGCCUCCAAAUGUCGGAAGGAAGCAUCGGUGUCGAUUUCACUCAGAACGAUAUCAGAAACGAGUCUAUUUAUCUUGCAGCACCAUCCGAAUAUCUUGGGAAACGGUUACAUUCCUAUGGAGGGUUCCUCAAUUACACGAUCUUUUACACAAUAGAUCAGCAAGGAUCUGCAGUGAGUGGACCGGACGUUAUUUUGGAGGGAAAUAACACGUACUUGACUUACACAAGUUUGGAACAGCCUCCACAAGCUCAAGAAUUCAUGUUCACUGUUCAACUUGUCGAAAGUAAUUUCAACUUACCUAUUGGUGUAGGUGCAAAACGAGAACAUAUAAUGGAAGUAUUGCGCGAUUUGAAGGGCAUUUACUUGAGAGCUAAAUACUGGACUGCUAGCGUGACAUCAAGAGUUGGUAGGAUAUCUUUAGAAGAGGCAAUUUCACAACAGUUCUUCAAUGAUAAUGGCAUGGAAGGCAUACAGUAUGCAAACACCGUUGAAGAAUGUCAGUGUCCUCCAAAUUAUCAGGGUCUUUCAUGUGAAGAAUGUGCCCCAGGUUACUACAGAAUACCGUUAGGACCCCAUGGAGGAUAUUGCGUUCCCUGUCAGUGCAAUGGCCAUGCGGAAGAAUGCGAUGUCAACACUGGAGUCUGCUUGAACUGUACUCAUCACACAGUAGGCGACCACUGCGAAAAAUGCGAAGUAGGGUACCACGGCAACGCGAAAGGUGGCACACCAACAGAUUGUCUUAUCUGUGCAUGUCCAUUACCUAUCGCUAGCAAUAACUUCGCUACAGCCUGCGACGUCAGUUCAGAUGGAGAAAAAAUAAGCUGCGAAUGUAUUGAGGGCUACAUAGGGGCUAAAUGUGAUGCUUGUGCCUCUGGUUAUUACGGAAAGCCUGGAAUAUUGGGUGAUUAUUGUAAACCCUGUCAGUGCUCUGGCAAUAUAAACCCCAGUGAUCCUCAGUCCUGUGAUACUGUGAGCGGGGAAUGUAAGAAAUGUCUCAAUAACACCUCCGGGCAGGCUUGUUCAUUGUGCGCCCCUGGAUAUUUCGGAGACGCAGUCAAAUUGAAGGAUUGCCAAUCUUGUAUAUGUGAUAAACUUGGGACAGAUCAUUGUAAUAGUUACACAGGGGAAUGUGUUUGUAAACCUAAUGUUGAGGGAGAAAAGUGCGAUAGAUGUAAAUACGAACACUUUGGGUUCCAAUCUGGUAAAGGAUGUCAGGAGUGCUUAUGUGCAGAAGCAUCAAAUAGCAGCCAGUGUGAUGACGUUACCGGUCAAUGCCAAUGUAAAACUGGCGUGACUGGAAGGACUUGUGACAGAUGCGCACCAGGACACUGGAAUUAUACCGCAGAUGGAUGUAGCUCAUGUGGAUGCAAAAGUGAUUAUUCUGUUGGAUUUGGAUGUAACACAUUGACUGGACAAUGCGAGUGUCUGCCUGGUGUAAUGGGCGAGAAGUGCGACCAGUGUCCAUAUAGAUGGGCUUUUGUACCAGAAUAUGGAUGUCAUGAAUGCGAUUCCUGCACCCACGCACUUCUAAAUACGACGGACGCAUUGAAGCAGUUGAUCGAUCCAGUCAUUGUGGAGUUUGAUUCUACACAACAGGGAUUCUACACUUUGAAAAAAUUGGACAACAUGAGGAAGUUAGUGAAUGAACUCAAACCUAGAUUCGAUGAAGUGGAUCCGAAACAAAUCAACCUGAACAGUUCAAUUAGUGAGCUCGAAAGUCUGGAAACAUUGGCGAAAAAUCUUAAUAGGAAGGCUAAUUUUUCUCUGGAUAACAGUGACUCGCUGAAAAAGGAUGCAGAUGAACUCAAAGUUAAAUCCGAGAAAUUACAAGAGGAUCUACUGGAAACAGAGAAACAGGCACAAUCGUCAGUUUCUAAAAUAAAUAAUAUUGUUCUAGAGCUAAAUGAGGGCAGCGGUAGAAACAUUGAGAUGGUUGUUGGUCAGGGAGAAGACAUUUUGAAAUCAAUCAAGGAUUAUGAUAUAACGCCCAGAGAGGAAAAUGCUGUCGGUCAACUAGAGAAAGCGAAUAAACUCUUCCAAAACGUGUCUGAAUUCAAAUUACCAGCAGAUAUUCUCAGUACUAAGGUCGAUUUGGUCGAGGAAACUCUAAAGAACUUCACCGCUAAACUAGACGAUUUAUACAAUAAUACACAAUACUCGCUGAAUAAAGCCACAGAAGCUGAAAACUUAUUGAGGAAAACUGGGAUCGAGAGUUUGAACAAAAAAUUCGAAAACAUAAGGAAUCAAACGGAUGCGAUGACCAGAAAUUUAGGCGAAGCUGAAGUCCUCAAUCGAAACUCGUCGUAUCUAUUGCUUCAAUCAACAGAGCCGAUAAGCGUAAUGCGACUCGUUCCAAAACAGAUCACAGAACUUUUGGAAAGCGUGAAUGAAACAUUGAGCAGGAGCGAGAGGGGCAUCGUUGACAUCGAAGAACUUUUGCCCGUUGUUGAGAAACACGCUAACGAAACUACCGACAAACUGCAAGAACUGGAAAGUUUCCUGACCGAAACUCAAUAUAUAUCAGAAGACGCCGUCAAGGCGGCCAACGCUUAUAAAGACAUACUUGAGAAUGUCAAAAAUGCGAGGGAGGCUGCUCAUUCAGCCGAUAAAGAAGCAGUCAUUGUUGUCAAUUCCCUCAGUGGGCUUGAUGACGUGAUGUUUGAUGCUGAACAAAAUUCAUCGAGCGCAUUAGGUAAAGCUUUCGACCUGAAAAGUUCCACUGAUGAGGACUUAUUGCCUCUCUUGAGAGCCGCUCAAGAUAAGUACAAACCUGUACGUGAACUUUACGAGGAUAACAGAAACAAGUUGGAGGAAUUAGAUAGGAAGUUGCAGAAUCUGCCCAGGAAUGAAUAUGAGGAUGUUUAUAAGAACUCGACGAAGAAUGCUGAAUACGCUUCUGCUCGUUUGAAGGAGGGCCACCUUGAUACUGAUACAUAUUUCGAGAAGUUGGAGGAGAAUAGAAAACAAGCUCAAGCACUACCCAAAGAACUCGAUCAAACCAGAAGAAAUAUCCAGCAAACUGAGAAGCAAUUAACUUCCAUCAACGAUAAAUUACCGGUUUUAAUAGACACAAUCACCAAUCUUCCCAGUAGACAGAAGAAACUUCAGGAAUUUUCAGAAAACUUGAAACAAAAUAUUGACAAAUUAAAUCAACAGAUUGCUUUAGCUAGAGACUUGGCUAACAGAAUUAACGUUGGUGUUACAUUCUAUCCAAAUACCACUUUGGAAUUGAGGAAUCCACCCAAUGUAGAGAGCUUAUCGACUUCGAUGGAAAUGUCUGGUUAUUUCAAAACGGAUAAAAAAGAUGGUUUGAUCUUUUAUUUAGGAAAUCCGGUGGGAACCAAUCUGAGGAGAACUUCAACCGAUGAUUAUAUGGCACUGGUUGUUCAAAACGGUUAUCCUGUUCUGAAGCUGGAUUAUGGUAAUGGCAACGAACAAGUUAUCAACCCAAGAUUUGUCGCCGAUAAUAACUGGUAUCAGUUCAAGAUUAUCAGAACUGGAAGCAACGCAAAAUUGAUCAUUCGUGAGCAAUUACCCGAUGGACAGGAGCUUGAGACCACAAAGGAGGCAAUUCUUGAAGGUCCCUUCUCGAUCUUCAAUCUGGACCGAAACAAAUCGAAGUUAUUCGUUGGAGGCAUACCAGUCAAUUACAAUAUUCAAGAAGCCAUCGAUGUCAACUCUUUCGAUGGAGAAGUAGAAGAUUUAGUUAUAGGAGACACCCCAAUAUCUUUGUGGAAUUUCAAUAAUGGUUAUGAAAAUAAUCACGGAUGUGUUCGAAGGGAUAAAUUAUUAGACUUACAACCAGCUACUGGAUUUAGAUUUAAUGGUAAUGGGUACGCUGUAUUUAAUGCAAGAUCUUACAAUCUCAGACUUCGUUCCGAUAUUCAGUUGAAGUUCAAAACAUUCGCUCCUGAUGGAUUGCUGUUCUUGGCUGAGAAGGAUAACACUUUCCUGUCACUCGAGUUGAGAAAUGGCAAAAUAUUAUACCAGUAUAACUUAGGUCACACCACAAAAUUAUGGCAUUCCUCCAAGACUUACAACGACGGCCAGUGGCACACUGUAAGCGCAACAAGAGAGGGCCCAAGGGGACAAUUGACUGUAGACAGCGAGAAUGUACCAGAUCGUACCAAAACCAUUGAGGGUAAAGUUAUGCAGCCAGUUGAAGUAAUAUCUUUCGGUGGUUAUCCUGGUAAACACAAUCAUUCAGAUGUUACCAACGUCAAAUUCGAUGGAUGCAUCGACAAUGCAGUUGUAAUGGGCAAUUCGAUUGAUUUCAAGCAGAAUAUUAAGGCUUUCGACGUUACUACUGGAUGCCCAGAGAAGGUGUCAAGAUUGGUUUCCUUCUCCAAGAACAACCCUGGAUACGUAAGAAAUACGGAUCUUUCAGUUUCGAACCUCUUCAAAAUGAAUUUGAACUUCAAAACUUCGGAGAGCGAUGGGCUGAUAUUCUACGGAACCAACAGGGAUCAAACUGACGGAAUAUCGCUAUCGAUGAAGGAUGGACACUUGAUUCUGAUCAGUCAAAAGACCGAACACAUAUCGAAGGAUCUUUUCAACGACAGUAAUUGGCAUGUUAUUUCUAUUAUGCACACCAACCAGGAAUUGAGAAUAGUUUUCGACGAUUACGAUUUCAUUGCUCCCGACUUCCCUCCAACACCACUGCAUAUCCUUUAUGGAGAUCUGUUCAUUGGUGGCUUGCCAAUGUCAUACACUGUGGGAAUGGGAAUGGUAGGAUCAACAGAACCUUUUGUUGGUUGUAUAGCUGAUGUGACAGUCAAUGGAAAUGUUAUCAAUUUUGCUAACAGCAAGGAUAAGAAGAACGAAAUACUUGGAAAAUGUGUUUUAGAUAUCGUUCAUUGGGAGGAAAACCCUGAUGUUCAUAAUGUGCCAAUUCUCCCGCCGCUAGAAGAUUUAGAUAAAGAAACAACAACCACAACAGAACAAACUAUUGAUACGAAUCGUCUUCAAAGUACCACAAUAAGAGGUGAUGGAGGAUAUGAAGUACCUGUAGAGGCGGUGGAACCUGACGAAGUCGAGCCUUCUACGACAGUACCAACAACUACCACAACUACGUUGCCAACGACGACAACGACCCCAACAACGACGACGACCACUACCACCACCACGACAACUACAACUACCACUUCUGCCCCAAUUCAAACCAUAGAACCCGAGAAGGAGGCGACUUCGUACCCGCGUGGUCCAGUUGGUACCCUGCGACCAAAGACCACACCAGCACCGAAAGCAGGAUGUGCCCUACAGUUGAACCCAAAGGCUGAAGAUAGCAGCUUGGAUCCCAACUCCUUCAGAUUUGGAACACAAAAAGAUGGUAGACUGGAAUAUAACACGCCAAGGGGAAGAUUCAAGAAAUCUUCCGACUACCAUUUGGAGUUCAAGACGGGAGAAAGUAAUGGCAUCAUUUUCUACAUAUCAGACCGGUCUCCUUCUCACGAUUCCUACAUGUCUCUUUUCCUAGAGGACGGUUAUCUGGUAUUCACCUACACGAAUGGUUCCGGACCUGCACUGAUAAGAUCUCCUGAAAGAUGCAACGAUGACAAUUGGCAUUUAGUUGAAUUCAGCAGAGAAGGUUCUAAUGGAAAGUUAGUAGUUGACAGGAAAUAUAAAACGUCUGGAAAAUCCCAGGCAGAAAAACUUGAAUUAUCACUGCCAUUUUACAUUGGAGGACUCGAGCCAUCAGAUUAUAACGUUGUGUAUGGCAAUUUGAACACUACAGCGCAGUUCAAAGGUUGCAUAAGAAAUUUCCAUAUGAAUGGAAAACUCAUGACCAAUCCAAAGAAACAUGGCGUCGUACCCUGUUCUGAUAACGUAGAAUUCGGAACGUUCUUCUAUGGCACAAAAUCAAGUUUCGUCAAGCUCAAGGACAAAUUCCACGUUGGACAGACAUUCAACGUUAAGCUUGAUAUAAAGCCAAGGCUCGACACGGGUAUUUUGAUGUCGGUUCAUGGUAAAAAGGACUAUUUCAUACUGGAGAUGGUGAAUGGUUCCAUGAAACUGACGGCUGAGAAUGGUCUCGGUCCCAUUACUACCAUUUUCGAGCCCAAAACACCUUACUAUUUCUGUGAUGGUAAUUGGCACAACAUUCAAGCGGUGAAAUCCAAGAACGUAGUCACCCUCUCUGUGGAUAACAUAUUCACAGACCCACACCUCGGAGACCACAGGGCCAUAUCGACAAGCACUGGAGGGACCUUAUUCUUGGGUGGUCACAGAUUCCUUAGUAAUGUUAAGAGGCUCAGAGGGUUGUCGUCGAACCAAGCGUAUGUUGGGUGCAUAAAGAACGUUCAUCUUAAUGACGAUUUCGUCCCAAUAACACCAGCCAUGGCGCAUGGAAAUGUCAUAGUUGGUUCUUGUAGGACUAAUUGAUGUUUGACGGAUGAAAUCAGUGCCCUUUCUUGAUUGAUAUUAUGUUUGUGAGAAAUAAAGAAUGAAAUUAA